CAAGCCCUCCAACUGAGUCGUCGGAGCGGACGUCGAGUCGUCGAUACGCCUGAACCCCAGCUUUCCACUCGCCUCGCUCGCCCCUUUCGCGUCCACCGACCCCGACCCCGACCCCGAUCCCCGCCGGUGCUUCGCCACCCCGAUCCCCACCGCGCGAUGGCGGAGCCGGCUCCGGCUCCCCCGGUGACCGCGCCGCUGGUGGGGCUGCUGUACGACGAGCGGAUGUGCGCGCACGCGACGCCCAACGGGGAGGAACACCCGGAGAACCCCGAGCGGCUGCGCUCCAUCUGGCGCAAGCUCAACGCCGCGGGCGUCGCGUCCAGGUGUGUGGCCCUUAAGGCAAAGGAAGCUGAGGACAAGUAUAUAGCUUCUGUUCACAGCAAGAGGCAUAUAAAGCUGAUGAAGGAAAUUAGCUCAACAAUAUAUGAUGCCAGCAGGAACAAGAUUGCUAGGAAAUUCAAUUCCAUUUACUUGAAUAAGGGUUCCUCGGAAUCUGCUGUUCUUGCAGCUGGUUCUGUCAUAGAGGUAGCUGAGAAAGUUGCUGCAGGUGAGUUAAGUUCUGCUAUUGCUCUAGUCAGACCUCCAGGCCACCAUGCAGAACAUGAUGAGGCUAUGGGAUUUUGCCUCUUCAACAAUGUGGCAGUUGCAGCUAAUUAUCUCUUAAACGAGAGGCCUGAUUUAGGUAUCAAGAAGAUAUUGAUUGUCGAUUGGGAUGUUCACCAUGGAAAUGGCACACAGAAAAUGUUUUACGAUGAUCCUCGUGUAUUGUUCUUCUCAGUUCACAGAUUUGAUUAUGGAAGCUUCUAUCCUUCUGAAGGGGAUGCUUCUCAUUGUUUCAUCGGGGAAGAAGCUGGUAAAGGGUAUAACAUCAAUGUUCCCUGGGAGCAUGGCAAGUGUGGUGAUGCUGAUUAUAUUGCUGCAUGGGACCAUGUACUGCUUCCUGUCACUAAAGUUUUUGAUCCUGAUAUAAUUCUGGUAUCAGCGGGGUUUGAUGCAGCAUUGGGUGAUCCUCUCGGUGGGUGCUGCAUUACACCAAAUGGAUAUGCACUGCUACUAACAAAGUUGUUAGGAUUUGCUCAAGGAAGGAUAGUGAUGGCCCUUGAAGGAGGUUAUAACCUUAGGUCCAUAGCGAACUCAGUUUGUGCUUGUGCAAAAGUUCUCUUGGGAGACAAAUUCACAUUCAACACUCCAGAGAUGCAACCAUUUGAAUCUACAUGGAGAGUAAUACAAGCGGUACGCAAUGAAUUGAAGACAUGCUGGCCUGUUCUGAGUAGCAAGUUGCCAGAAAAUGUAUCAUUGAGGAUUAAGCCUGCACCAAGCGAGCUCUACGCUUCUGAUUCUGAAUCUGAUAGUGAAGAUGUUGAUGAGCUCCUUGGCACUGUUGCAUCUGUCAGUGUUAUUGAAGCUACUGGUGUUGCUAUAAGUGAACACCUCUCAAAGAUGAAACUUGAUGAUGACAGCCUUGCAGUGAAGACUAACUCAAGUUGCUCAGCAGCAGAACAGCAUCCAGUUGAUUCAGUAAAAGUACAUAACAAUGCAUCUGUUGUGCUGACCAAAAAAAUAUCUGAUUUAUCUCUUGAGUGGCGAUCAGAUUUAUCGAAAACUGAUGUCUGGUAUGCCAGUUUUGGAUCAAACAUGUGGAGACCAAGAUUUCUAUGUUAUAUUCAAGGAGGGAAGGCUGAGGGUAUGAAUAUACCAUGCUGCGGAUCACGUGACACAAGCUCACCAAAAGGAACCGUGUGGAAGACUGUACCUCACAGGUUGCUUUUCGGUAGAUCGUCUACCCCUUGUUGGGGAACUGGUGGUGUGGCUUUUCUCAACCCUGAGAUAAACUACAAUGAGAAGUCGUAUGUCUGCAUGUACAAAAUAACGUUGGAGCAGUUCAAUGACAUCUUGUUUCAGGAGAAUCGUUUAGUGCUGGAGGAUGGCAAAGACGGAAACACUGUGUAUCCUGACUCUCCUUUGAUUGGUUCAUCUGAAAUCAAGUUUAUAUCUACAAACAGAGCUGUUCAUCUUGAACCUAUUAAGGAUAGCUGGUACUCCAAUGUACUUUAUCUUGGGAAUGAGGAUGAAGUUCCAAUUCUAACUAUGACGUGCCCCGCAUCAGAUAUUGAGAGGUAUAAAUCUGGUGAGCUGCGUUUAGCACCUCCAUCAGAGACGUAUGCGGCCACUCUGAUAAAGGGACUAGUGGAAGGCAAGCAAAUGGAUGCGGACGGAGCUGCCAGCUACAUCAACGCUGCUGCUGCAAGAGCCUUGUGAAGGCGGCUUCAGCGUGUGCUUUUGUACAGCCAGUAAGGAGUAGCAAGGAUACACUAUCUGUUAGCGUGGCGACACCAGGAAACCUUCAUUGUCCGCAAAUGGAGAACUUGGAUCCAAUUUGAAUUGGGAAGCAUGAUUCGAGCUUGCCCUAGCUUGAUUACUGGUGAACGGUGAUCUCCCCUGGCUGGUUGAUUCUGGGAGAAACACUAGCUGUGUCGGGGUGGAGCAACACUAGUUGGCGGUUGCAACAGGUGCUCUCACUGCACUGGUAUCGUGCUUGUCUGACAUACCGUAGUAUUUGCAUGGCAUGCUGGUGAUGGUAUUUGUGCAAUUACUGCAUUAUGUUC